AAUCGAGACCCUGUGGCGUGGCUUUUCGCGUACAGUUUCCCCUGAGGUAAAAAAUUUCCGAAUGAGCAUGCCAUGCUCCUGUUGAAGCUAUUGUCGCUUAUCUGAUCACGACAUUUGCCAUGCAAUCGCAUCAUCAACACGACUGGGCAAUGCAUGUUCGUUCCAUAGUCGCUUCCCCGUGCAACGACAUUCGCUCCGCCAUGGAAUGAUAUUCGCUGCCAAGUGGUAGCUAAACAAUCGCCUAUAACCAUGGCCUGUCGCCUAUCUCUUCACUGCUGUUCAGCAACACAUCCAAGCCUCCAACAUGGCGCUCUACGAUUCGAAAAGCCCGCCUGACCGCACAUCGCCCACAACAAGCGACAACAAUGACGAAGAUUUUCAACGCAUGGACCCAAGUGGUGUCAAGCGGGGCCUCAAAACGCGACAUCUAUCCAUGAUGGCUCUGGCUGGGAUUAUUGGACCCGGAAUCCUCGUUGGCACCGGAGGUGCCCUCGCGAACGGUGGACCUGCUUCUCUGCUUAUUGGAUUUGGUAUCGUCGGAAUUAUAUCGUUCAGUGUUACUCAAUCCCUCGGAGAAAUGACGACACUUUACCCAACCGGGGGCGCCUUUGUUACACUUUCCGACCGCUUCGUCGACAAAGCCUUUGCCGUUGCCGUUGGCUGGCAAUAUUGGCUGGUUUGGGCCUGCGUCCUGGCGAACGAAUACAACGUCAUAUCCUCGGUCAUGGUCUUCUGGAGCCCGAAAGUGCCGCUUUGGGGCUACUUUUUGAUCUUCUGGUUCGCGUUCAUGGGGUUUCAGAUGCUCGGUGUAGAAUCAUUUGGCGAAGCUGAGUUUUGGCUCGCGCUGAUUAAGAUUGCGGGUCUUUGCGCAUACUUUAUAUUCGCCAUCAUUUACGCCUCUGGAGGAUUGAUUGGCCAGAAAGAAACUCUUGGAUUCCGCUACUGGCACGAUCCUGGCCCAUUUUCAAAUGGGUUUCGAGGAGUCGCAACCGUCUUUGUGUUCGCUUCCACGUUUUAUGCAGGUGUUGAGGCAGUCGCGGUAGCAGCAACAGAGACGAGGAACCCGAGCGUUGCUGUCCCUCUGGCGAUCAAACAGGUCAUCGGGCGCAUAAUAUUUGUGUACAUGGGCGUUGCAUUCUUCUUUGGCCUCACAUGCCCAUGGAACGCAGAUGGUUUGGCCAACGGAGCGAGUCGCGCGCUUAAAAGUCCCAUGACGAUCGCGAUUCAAACCGCUGGUUGGGAAGGUGGAGUUCAUCUGAUCAAUGCCUUCAUCUUCAUAACAGUUCUAAGCGCUGCAAACAGCUCGAUCUACAUCGGAUCUCGCACGAUCCUGUUCAUGGCACAGGAGAAGAUGGCACCGCGUUUCUUGGGCAAGACCAACGGUCGCGGUGUUCCGGUCUACGCUAUCAUCUUCACUAACCUGUUUGGUGUGUUAUCUAUGAUGAAUGUCAGUACCGGGGGUGGAAAAGCAUAUUCCUACAUUAUCAACCUGAGCGGUGUGUCGAUAUUCAUCGUCUGGGGUGCGAUCUCCUUCACUCACAUUCGCUUCCGGAAAGCCUGGUGCGCACAAGGUAGAACUGCAGAUCAGCUACCAUUCAAGUCGUUCGCAUAUCCCUGGAACGCCUACUUUGGCGUUUUCGCCAACAUUUUCCUUGCUACAGUUCAAGGUUGGACUACUCUAAGCCCAUUCGAUGCCGGCCUUUUCGUCGACGCUUAUAUCUUGCUUCCACUGUUCGGUAUAAUCUACUUUGGCUAUAAAUUCUGGUUCAAAACACGUUUCUGGAGGAGCCAUGAGAUCGAUCUGGAUGCUGGAAGGAGGAAGGAUUUAGACACGAGAGAAGAACUUUUACAUGGUGAGGCGCGUGAGGAGCCUCAAGCGAAGCAAAGCUUUCCGAAGAGGUUGUGGGCUAAGUUGUGAACAAAAGGAGAUAUGCAAUGGCCGUCAUAUUGAUGUCUUUAAGUGAAUGAAUGCAUCUAUAUUAGCGAGAGCUACUAAAGGGUACGCCCG